CCGAAGCUCGAGAACGAGAAGUGUUGUCCAUCAGGAUGGAACUCCUCGGCGGUGAUCAUCCCCAGACUAUAAGGGCUUUAGUUGAUCUGGCCAAUACAUUUUGCAAGCAAGGACAGGUUUUAAAGGCCUCAAAAUUGCUCCAUGGUUCAUUAAACGAUUUCCGGGCAUCCACUUUCAAGGCAACGGAAUUCUGUGACUUGAUGACCAUGUGGGAGUUUGGACUUUGUACUGCCCAUAUCUUGACCUCCAAUUACGAGUCUGAUAAAGCGGAAGAAAUAUUGGAGACAUGCUAUGCAAGUUCAGUUCGGAGUUAUGGAGAGAACCACACCUCUUCCAUCGAUAUUCAACUAAAUAUUGUCGAUUUGUACGUAGACAGAGGGCGGUUACUCCAAGCAGAGCGAACAUUAUUGAAAAUCCAAAAAUUAUGUCAAUUUCGAUUGGGACCCGGCACUCCAUAUACUACAAAGGUUCAACAUAAACUUGCAUCGGUAUACCUUGAACAGGGACGCCUACUCGAAGCUGAAGAACUGUUAUCUAACUUGCUGGCCUGUCGAAACAAGAUCUUGGGUG